AUGAAGAGUGCAAUCAUCUUGACCGGCGUUGCUGCCUUCGCGACACAGGUAGCCUCUCAUGCCACUUUUCAGCAGCUUUGGUCGACGUGCGCAAGAUUACCCAAUGGCAACAGCCCCGUCACCUCAGUAGCAAGCAACGACAUCCGCUGCAACGCCAACCGCGGUCCAGCAGCCUCGAAAUGCAGCGUUCCUGCCGGUGGUACCGUCACCGUAGAGAUGCACCAGCAGAACGGCGACCGCUCAUGCGCUAACGAAGCCAUCGGCGGAGCCCACUACGGCCCCGUUCUGGUCUACAUGUCCAAGGUUGCAGACGCAUCCACAGCGGAUGGUUCGACCCCCUUCUUCAAGGUCUUCCAGGAUACAUGGGCGAAGAACAGCGGUGGCGGUGGCGGUUCGGAUGAUUACUGGGGUACUAAGGAUCUGAACAAGAACUGUGGAAAGAUGGAUGUGAAGAUUCCCACCAACCUGGCCCCUGGAGAUUAUCUACUGAGAGCGGAGGCUAUUGCGCUACAUGCUGCAGGUAGUGCCAACGGCGCCCAAUUCUACAUCACCUGCUACCAGAUCACUGUCACUGGUAGUGGAUCUUCUUCACCCGCUGGCGUAUCGUUCCCUGGAGCAUACAAGGCUACCGACCCCGGUAUCCAAAUCAACAUCUACCAGAACCUCGCUUCGUACGUCGCUCCCGGUCCGGCAGUCAUCGCGGGUGGUACAGAAGCCGUUGCUGGUAGUGCUGGAUCAGCUGUCACUGCUACUGGUGGAGCGCCAGUUGCUACAGCUACUGCAACCACGAUGAGGACGUCAGCGGUAGCCACCUCUGCCGCCGCUGUGCCAACGAAUGGAGGUGGUUCUGGCGCUUGCUCUGUUGCAAGGUACGGCCAAUGCGGCGGAAAUGGUUUCACUGGAUGCAAAACUUGUGCUUCAGGACUUACCUGCAAGGCCGGAGGUGAUUACUACUCGCAGUGUGUCUGA